AUGGAGUUCAAAGGAGUGUGCGUGCUGCUGGGAGUACUGCUACUGGUGAACUGCUCGUUUCAACAGAUUCCACCAAAGAAGAAGCUAAUAAAGAAAGAUACGGCAAGGGAUUCUGCCAUCGAGGACUUACAGAAACAAAUCAAUGACAUCGUCCAGGAGCUCAACCUACUGAAGGAACAACAAGCCCUGCAGACAGUCUGUCUGAAAGGCAUAAAGAGCCAUGGCAAGUGCUUCUUGGCUGACACUGUAAGAAAACGCUAUCACACUGCCAGUGAGGACUGUAACGCCCUGGGCGGCGUCCUCGGUACACCCACAUCCCGUGGCGAGAACGACCAGCUCAGAGACUACAUCCGCCAGAGCAUUGGCCCAAAUGAGCAGGUCUGGCUUGGCGUCAACGACAUGAUGACUGAGGGCACCUGGGUGGACCAGACUGGCUCCAGCAUUACAUACAAAAACUGGGACACCUCCAACCAGAGGUCCCCUCAGCCAGACGGCGGCCAGUCCCACAACUGCGCCGUCCUGUCUGAUGCCUCUAAUGGGAAGUGGUUUGACGAGAACUGUCGUGAGGAGAAGCCCUCCAUCUGCCAGUUCAACAUUGUUUGAUCACAUGUAUCUUAUCAUAGACUGCGCAUGGUUAUAGCUGCUUUCAGUGUGUACCCCUGCUGCGAUGCUGCUCUGCCUGCUAUUCUAAAGAGAGCUUUAAACCAGUGGUUCUCGGCUGGUUUUGCAUCAGGACUAAAUUCUGAUUUAGAAGUCACAAUCAGCAGCAUGUGACAUAUGGGUUUGUUAUUUUUGACAAAAGCCAUCUGGUGAUGUGUCAUUUGCAACAUUCCUUGUGGUCACAGUAAAACCAGGAGGAACAGAAUAAGCUAGAGAUUGUGGGACACCGUCUCCUCCAAAGGACUAGAUCUAUGUCCUACAUAUCCUUUUAAAAAAAGGAUAUAAUUUUUGCAAUUAUUUCAAAACAUAUUGAUUGUUCAUAAUUCAGAGUGCCAGUACUCGUGCUGGCACCUUUCACGAAUGUUUAAAAACUGGGUGUAACUAUCUAUUAUUUUCACACACCUCUGUUGAGACUCACUAGUUGAGAACCACUGGUUUAAACUCGGAUAACCCCUUUGCCAUUACUGCAUAAUGACAAGACUCACAUGGAGCCAGAAUUC